GAGAGAAGGCUCAAGAGAAAGUUCUAUUUGGCUCCUUGUCCUGAGGUAAAUAUCAGACCCUUUACAAAGGAUAUGGCUGCGGUUACCCCAAGAAAACGCAAGCGGAGUUCUGAUGGCUUGCAGUUAACACAUGGGAACCCUGUGAAAAAACUGAUGAUGGAGUUCACCGAAGGGCUACCUGCAGCGAAAGUGUCUUGGGAUCAAAAUUGUGCAUCUCCAAUAAAGCCAACAUCUGCUUUCCUAGAUAACGAUAAAGAAAACCACUUCUCGCCGCAAAGGUCAGCUGCACCACAGAAACUUGACGUUUCGCCCCUGCAGACUGCCCACGUGCCACAGAGAACGCAGAGAGGUUUCCCCCAGACAACAUCCCCAGAGUCUGGUACCAAAUGUCGUUCUGUUGUGCCCGCGGGUUCAUUUUACAGCAAAGGCAAGCAAUUUCUCAAUAUUUUAGAGCGGAAGCUAACCAAUGAAAGCCAACCCCUUGGUCAAGGAAAUGAUAGUGGAAACCUUCCAGUCACCAGCAGAACAGAGACAGCCCAGGUGAAAAUGCAGACAACCAGGAUGCCCAGCUUCAAAACAUACAAGCGCCCGGCUGCUUCAAAGCAACCCAAGGCUUUGCCCAAAAACACUAAGAAAACCAAAUUAGAGAUUGCUCCUCCCAAGGGAAAAGAGAACGCUAACUGUCCUACAGAAAAGAAAAUGGAGGGCUCUUUCAAGGUCUUAAGCACGAAAUUCAAGCCUGUACUGAAACUCCAGACAGGAGCGGCAUUCUUUACCGCUGGAAGGAAAGGGAACUCUGCUUCUAAGAAAGGGCUGUUGUCCCCACCAUCCUUCCCAUCUGUCAAAAAGGUGGAAGUCAAAGAGAAGCCGGAGAGUCUUCUGAAACAAGCCAAGCUCAACUUGCCCACUAAUAACAAAGCAACUGAAGGUGGCAGGAAAGGGAACGGUGCCACAGAAAUUGAAAAAGAGGAGAAACCUAAUCACGUGGGGAAGGAUGAGAUGCUGACCCACAGUCCUAGUCAAAAUUUGGAGAAUGUGUCUGAAUCAAGCCUGCUGAAUCCUGAGCCCCAGACUUCUCAAUCUGUUGCCUUGAAGGUGCGAGAUCUAAAGGAAACUGAGGCUACGAACCAGGACUUAGAAGAAAUGUCAAAACAAUCAUCCAAAGCGGUGAACAAGGAUGAGAAUACCUCUUCCACUAAACCUUCUAAUGAGAUUCACCAAGUGUCAGCAUUGGCAUAUCGUGCUCAUCCUUUGUGUAGCACACCCUUCAGCAACAAAAAGAGGCCACGGGCUCAUCUUGAGGAGCAGCCAAUAGUGGAUGUCGGUCCAGGAGUACAAAGCAUCCCUGCUAUACCAAGAACCAGCAAGAAGUCCAAGGAACUGAGUAAAGGUUUAAAGGAUCAGAUGGUCAUUGAUGCUGGUCAAAAACAUUUUGGUGCCACUGUCUGCAAAUCUUGUGGCAUGGUUUACUCCGCUGCCAAUCCAGAGGAUGAAGCCCAUCAUAUUCAGUAUCACCAGAGGUUACUCGAAGGAAUAAGAUACGUGAGCUGGAAGAAUGAACACGUUGCUGCCGAAUUUUGGGAUGGGAAAAUAGUCUUGAUCAGGCAGAGUGAUCCAAAGUAUGCCACCAAGAAGGCCGAAGAUGUUCGUCAGCUUGUCGAUAGUGAACUUGGUUUUAAGCAAGUGGUACUGACCUGUCCAACUCAGAUUCAAACGUACCUAUUUGUAUCUAAUGAAAAGAAGAUAAUUGGCUGCUUAAUCGCUGAACCUGUCAGGCGGGCUUUCCGGGUGCUUUCAGAGCCCACGACAGCUCUGGAUUCUCCCAAUAAGAGCGGCCUAGAGCCUCAGCGUGUUUGGUGCUGUUCGACGGAGCCAGAGAAUGUCUUCUGCGGAAUCAGCCGAAUCUGGGUCUUCAGCCUGAUGAGGAGGAGGCACGUCGCCAGCCGCAUGGUGGAUGUGCUCAGGCGAACGUUCUGCUUUGGCUCUUACCUAAGCACCGAUGAAAUUGCCUUUUCAGAUCCUACACCAGAUGGCAAGCUAUUUGCCAUCAGGUAUUGCCAGACGCCCAACUUCCUUGUUUAUAAUUUCCUCAGUUAAGACCUUUUCCAAAUGACGAGAGCUUGCCCCUCCUCACAGGGAGGGAUCCUACUUUGGAAAAAGAUACCUGUUGCCAUUUUGCUUGUGCUCUGUUCUGGAUUUUAAUAUCGUAAGUAACGGCAAUUGGAAAUUGUACUUUUAAAAUAUUUUAAUUCUGGAAGUUAGAACUUCUGAAGUUUAUCUUAAAGUUUUGAUCAUAUGAAAGGUUCUCUAGCUGCACCUAAUGUUUGUUUCAGCAAUUCAUAAUAUCUGCUGUCGCCAGAAAUGCAUUCAGAUCGCUUGUUGGGUCUAGGCUUAAGAAAGUAACUCUGUUAUACUAAGGAAACUGCUUUGUGGAAAGAGAGGGUGGGAUAUGGAGGUGUUAAUGCUGCUACGAACAAGUUAACCUUUAUUUUAUUUGAUUUUUGCACCUGUUAGCACUGGGGCUGGUUCUGUAGCUUUGACAUGUUGGAUGCAAAUCCAAAAGCUGUGCAAACCAGUGUGAUUCUUGCACUAAAUCUUGUUAGACUCAGUCUGGACAAAUAAAUAUUUGCGUGUUUUA